CUCGCAAACAGGGCAGCUGUGCCCUCUUCUGGAACCAGCUUUCGUUCGCAAUUGAUCAUCCUUUUUUCCAUGGCGUGUUAGGUUGAGCAGCAUCCUCCACCGACCUUCAUUUUUCUCCCCCUUUGCCAUUUGCUGUGUGGUCGCGCACUUUUCCAUUGUUUACUUCGCCUCCUAGACGGACACAAAACGCGACGAUGGCGAUGAGAGGAGGGCCCCGUCUCCAGGUCGGCUCGGCCGCCUGGAUUGCCGAAGAGAGGGAAUCAGCCUUGAGCAUUGCUCGGUCAGAGAUUGAGGAGUUCUCGUUUUCUGCGCGCAACGAAAUCGACUGGCUGAACGAGCACAUGGCCGAGAUCUUUUCGGAUAACCAGAUGAACGUCGCGGAAUUGUUCAAAACUCCCGGGAAGUUGCGUGGGAAGACGCCGCGGACAGCAAGGAAGGCCGAGCAUAGCAGCCUGCGAAAGCCUCUCUCUAACAUGUUCCCCGCCACACCAAAGGGGGCGCCAAACCCCUUCGCCAUGUCAAGCCUGCCCCAGCCGCGAAGCCCCCCGAUCCAGGUAGCCGAGGAUAAAGCCGAGCCCCCCGUUUGCCAUAUCGAAAGCCCUGCCAAACCCGCUGUUGUUCAUCCUCCCCACCGGGUGGAGGCCCGGGCUCCCGUUUCGCUUGCAGACUCUGGCUACCAUGGCAGCCAGUCACAGGAUACAAUCCCAUUUGACUGCUUCGACAAGGACAUCGAAAUGUCGGACAGUCCUCAGCGAGACCUGCACACCUCGGACCCGCCACUCCCGCAUCCCAGCGACCCAGCAGAGCUGAGAAGCCCCUCAGCUGGCUCUGUCAAUGAAAUAUAUCGAUCGAUAGACGAGAACCAGACGACACAGGCGACAGCUUACGUGACAGCAAACUCUGCGCCAAUACCUUUGUCUGCCAUGGUACAACCGGGCAGCCCGUUUGCCGCGAGGACCCGCUUACCGAUCAUGUCUCCACGAUCCCCUCCGCCGAAAGAGACGGCCUCUCCAGUUCCGCAAUCGCCUCAAAAGUCGUCUUCCCCGCUAAAGCUGACUUCGCCACGAAACUCAUCCUUUUCACCUGAGAAGAGAGCUUCUAGCCCAGGAAGAGGAUUGUCAAAGCCUACAGAAGUAUUCGGGGAGAGCGCCAACAAGGGCAUCGACGAGGGCGACGGUGUGGCUGACGCCGAUGAAGUCAGAUCGCCAUCCGAUGCCUCAAGCCCCAUCAGGCCAAUUGUACGUAAGAGCAGCAUGAACUUCGCUUCUCUGCCGCCUCGCGAGCCGCUCGCUUCCAACAAGAGCCUGGGCGGAGCCCGCGUGUCAAGGACCAGUCACCUGGGUCUCUCCCGCCAGAGUUACCCCAGCCGUCAGACCGAGGGUAAGAGCCUGGGUAGCGCGAUCCGGCAGGGGUCUUCCGAGGACGAGCAUGACGACAUGGACGUGGACGAGGCGAUUACAAGCCAGAAGGAAGAUGCCGCCUCCCACAGCAGAUCAUACACACAGAUGCUCCAAGACCAAAUCAGCAUGCUUGGGAAAGCACAGUCAACUGGACCCAGGCCGUCGAAGUCCCUUGCGAUUCUGCUGCCAGCGCAACAAAGUGUAUCAACUACACAGCUGCAGUCACAACUGGCGCCUGCCCCAGCGGCAAGAAAACCGUCGCCCAGGUCGAAACACUCCGUCCCAGCCCCCGGGGCUUUCCCAGAGGAUGAUGACGAAGACGAGUGGAUUAGGUCCCCCAACAACGCUGUGGCGCCUGCGAGUCCCAAGUACGCUCCCCUGGACGAUCGCCCUUCGGAUCCUGUGGAGGAUGCAUCAGCCAAGAGCAAAGCGGGCGAGUCUGAAUUCGGGCUUCCUAAGAGCGGGCCGGGCUCGCCAGCAAAGACCGCCUUUAUGCCAGAACGUACAUCGAAGCAUGGCAAGUCUGCUUCUGUCCCCACUUUGCCAACCAUGGUGCAGCUCGAUGCGGACAUGCAAGACGUUGCCUUGAAAAAGAUUGUCUCAAUCUCGAACCCAACUCUCUCGACGGUGGCCGAGGAUGACUUGGCGCCCUCGCCUCCGAAGUCUCCCACACGUAGUUUCAGGGAUAGCCCAUUGAAGCAGAUCAAGAAUAAGGUGACUUCUCUCAUCAAAGGCUCCAAGGUCUUGAUGGCGGGCAGCGCAGCAAUCAGUGCCGAGGCCAAGUUAUCGCUGUUGCAGUCUCCCUCGAUGACAAAACUGGGCUAUCAUCCUAGUCCCUCAGUCGAGUCCUUCGAGACAGACUCAGCCGUUGUCUACCCCGACCUCUCGCGGCAGAUUUCUGCCACUUCAGCCCCGCUAAGCCCAUCGCGCAGUAAUAGCUCGCGGAGGACACGAGCUUCAGCUGAGCGAGAGAGGUUGGAAGCGAAGGAGCGGGAGAGGCACGAAAAAGAGCGAGAAAGGGAAAAGGAGAAGGAGAUGAAGGAGGCAAAGCGUCUGGCUGAGCAGAUGGACAAGCUUGAAAGAGUUCGGGAGGAGGAACGGGAGAAGGCUCGGGUCUUCAGCGAGGAGCAAGAAAGGAUUGCGGCCAUGGAAAAGCGAAUUGCCGCUCGGAAGGAGCAGGAGAAGGCCGCACAACGUCCAGCACAGCCGCGACCGCACGAUAUCCGGACUUCCGGGCCGGGGCCCAAGAACGCCCUCAGAAGCCCAGCUAAACCAACAGCUACGCCGCGCAGGAUUAAAGGGCAGACGGAGCAGGCUGAUAAGGGAGCUCCGGAUGAACUUGACAUGGAGAUGACGGAGGCCACGACGGCAAUACCACCCCAAUCCAUCUCCCGCCCCGCAACGGCCUCCUCGAUGAGACAGGGCACAAAGAGGCCUCUUAAGCCGACGAAGGAUCCCCUUGUUAAGCCAAAGCAAGCUCCAAAAAUGAUCCUAGUCAAUACCACGGCCUCGCAGCAGGUUCACUCAUCAAACAGUAUUAUUGCCACCACCUUGCAAGACACAUUGGGGCCACACCCUGGUUCUGCCAAGCCACUCAACGGCAAAGCGAGCCAAACCUCUCUACAUGGAAAGGCGUCUGACCAGAGCUUCAAAAGCUCUGCUUCAUCAUCAACGAACCGGCCCAGAGCGUUGGAUAUGGCAGCCAAACUAAAGCAACAAGAGAAGCGCGAGGCACAGCGCAAGCGUGACGCCAAACUUGAGUUGGAGCGCAAGCGGGCCGCCCAGGCAGAGGAGCGCAGGCAAGAGCAGCAGCGCAAACUCGAAGCGGAGCGUCAGCGGGAAGAAGAGCGGAAGGCGGCUCAGAGGAAGGCCGACAUUGAGAAGGCCAAGCAGACCAAGGCGCCUCCUCCUGCUACCAGGUCGCAGCCGAACGGCCCUCCGCAGUACAACCUAUCCGAGAAGGCAACCGCCAGGCCACCGUCGCGGCUGGGUUCAAUGAUGCACCAGGGAAGCCGACUCGUGAACACAGACCUGUCGAGCGGCACAAAAGGGCCCUCAAAGCGGCCACUGCCGCAGGAAGCGGGCGAGGAAAGCUCCAGGGCGCCACAGCAACAGCGGGCUUUGACAUCGUUUCCCAGCAAGGAGGAAAAACGCAUGCGGAUGAGCGUGGAGUUCGAUGAGGAUAUCGAUAUGAUGGAGACUCACAACCCUCGGAUCAUCAAGGGCCCUCCUAUCAGGCCCUCCACAGGGUUCAAGAAGGACGUGCCGAAGCCCAUGUACGGCAACGGCUACACCAACCCCCCGUCGUCAAGCGCCAGCAGGGACUUCUUCAAGGACACCGUCAGAGCGCAGCACAACCAGGCUGUUCAGCACCCGCUCGACAUGGCGAAGUUCUCCAAGGGAACUAUCCCGUUCGCGCCACAACCUAACCCUGGGCUGUCCCACCACACACCCGUGCGACCGGGGGGAGCCGCCAUCCCCCCCAAAUCAGCCAAACCGGUAGCCCGCUCGUCGCCGCGCUUCCAGAACGGCGAGGCAAUCGAGCUGCCGGACAUUCAAACCGACGACGAUAGCGACGAUGACGAUGACGGGCACGCGCCCAUCGCUCCGUGGGCGGACUCGCCUGCCCUCAAGGCGGCGCUGCUCGCGCAGGAGCGGGUCGACCCCAUGCAGGUCUUUGGGCCGCCGGCGCCGCUCAACAUGGAGGAGGUAUUCAACAAGACCAAGGACAGAUGGAACAAGUUUAGGGCGAGGACCAGCAGUGCUAACUGGAGCGGGGCCGAUCGGUUGACAGAAGAGGAAAUGAGGAAGGAUCUUGCGGCGAGGGAUCGGAUGAGGAGGGAUGGGGGCUGGUCUUAUGAGUUGAGUAAGGAGGUGUCUUGAAGUUGGUAUCAGGGGCUGUUUGGUUGGUUGAUGAAUUUAGGGGUUGUUGGAGUAUUAUUUUCAGGCUGAGGUUGUUCGGGUUUGGGUCGGAGGGUACUGUAGGAUAGACUUCUUGUUGGGGAAAGGACUAUUGUCUCUCUGGGCGUUGGUUCGCUUGGACUUGGCUGAGGCAGGGAGCUUGUUUGUUGGCAUGCAUAUCCAUCUGGUUUGGAUGGUAGCGUUAUCUGGAAGGGCUGAACAUCCAUUAUUUGUCGGAUCGAUAAUAGAGACCCGGG